AGAUAUAAAUAGAAGAACCCCGAAAGGGGAAACUCAAGCUAAAUCAAGCUAAUAAUACACACCUAAUUCUCGAAUUCUUGUUAUCAAUCCUUCUCUUACGAUCCGUUCUUCUAAUCGGAUCAUUUGGUGGAUUUAUUGUCCAUCAAAUUAGUGCUUUCAUUGAGAGUUCGAGAAUCAUACUCAGAGAAAACCUUCCAAGAAGACCAUGGUGCAAACCCGUAGCAACGCAAAUCUCGUUACCGGAAACCCCCACCAGGGGGGAAAUAGCGCCACUAGUGGCCAGCACCCUCCGAUUAGCCUAACGGAGACGGAGGCCCUCAUCCAGAGAGUCGGGAUCACAGCGGAGCAGUUCAAGGAGGUGAUGGCAGCCUUGACCCCAAACCACGAGGUUGUGGUGGAGGACACAACCGGAGAACCCACAGGAGGGAAGGCUGGACCUGCGGGUUCAGGGGGGAAAAAGAAGAAGACCCCACAGGUCAAAGCGUACAACGGGACAACCGAUCCCCAAGAUUACCUUGCUCGCUUUGGGGCGAACGUGGUUAUGUAUGCAUACCCCAAAGAGAUUAAGUGCCGGUGGGAGAAGGAGGCUAGGGACUUCCAUGGGGUGGACGACCAGGCUCUGAUCGCCAGGCUACAAGUGGCACUCCCCCAAGGGGAUGUGCGCAAGGAGCUGCGACGAAAUCCGCUCUUGACCUAUCAGGAGAUGCUGGCCAGAGCGAAAUACUUGGCGUUAGAGGAGGAAGAUGAUGAGCCACUUGUCCGGAAGGAGAAGAAAGGUGGUCCGCCGGUGGCAGAAGGAAAGAAGAGGAAAGACUACGGUAGGGGGCCGAACCCUACCGGAUAUCAAGCAAACAGACAUCUUGUCCACGCGAAACAGUCCUUACCAGCCCCUCUCCGUAGUCGGGAAAGCUAUGGCAUCCAGGACGCACCCAAAUACUGCGAGUACCACCGUAACAACACCCACAACAUGUCGAAGUGCGUUACGUUGAAAAGGGAGAUGGACCAGCUGAUCGCCAGAGGGCCGCCUCCUCGGCCGGAGCGACCAGCGUCGGGUAACCGGACCUGGAGGAGGCCAGCGGCCCCCGCCGCAGCGAUCAUAGCAGGGGAUGGGCAGGAAGAUGGACGGCGGCAUCUGGGGAGAGACUGCGACGACCUGGAUGAGGAAGAAAGGCAGAACCGCCGACACCUGGGGUGUCGGUUCAUUAUGGGUGGCAACACCGGAGGGGACUCGACGCCCUCACGGAAGAAGUGGAAGAAUAUGGUGCAUUUGGCCGAGGUGCAGAGGCCACCACUACCCAAGCAGAAAAAGAAGGAACCUCUGAUUUUCACAGAUGAGGAUUACCCACCAGUUCUCAACCCCCACAGGGAUGCGCUGGUAAUAAAGGUGGAAAUCAAUAACGUGGUUGUUCAUCGCACGUUGGUCGAUACUAGCAGUUCGGUCAACAUCAUGUACAGCAACACCAUUAAGGAGCUAGGGUUGUCCCGGAGCGACUUGAAGCCGAUCCGUACACCGCUGUCAGGGUUUACGGGAGACACUAUUGAAGCAGAGGGGACCAUCAAGGUGAAGGCUGGGGUAGGAGAUGGAACCCACCGACUCUGGCUCGACAUGGAAUUUAUGAAAGAAGACGGGCGACCCAGAGCAGAGCCGGCGGAGGAGGUAGAAGAAAUCGCUUUGGACCUGGCUGAGCCAGAGCAAAAAGUGAAGAUAGGUAAGGCCCUACCAGGAUACUACUCUGUAAGGUUCCGGUUCAAGGUCUCAAACAACGAGGUUGAGUAUGAGGCACUGCUCUGCGGUUUGAGGCUGGUAGCAUCGUUAAAGGCUGAACGGAUCCAGGUCCGGUGCGAUUCCACGCUGAUAGCGGGACAUGUCACGGGAGAGUUUGAGGCCAAGGAUGAGCAAAUGAAGAUGUACAGAGACACUGCUCUAGAAUUACUUAAGGCGUUCGGUGCAUACCGGAUAGAGCAGGUCCCUCGAGAAGAAAAUGCCAAGGCAGACAUCUUGUCAAAACUUGGUCCGGACUCCCCAGAUCAUAUCAGGGCGAUGACCCAGGAAGAAGAGUUGCUCGAGCCAAGCAUCAGUCCCGGACAGCAGAUCAUUACUGACAAUGGAACCCAGUUCGAGGCUAAGGGGUUCAAUGAGUUUCUACAGAGCUGGGGCAUAAAACAUAGUUACGCUGCGGUUGGGUACCCACAGACCAAUGGGCAGGUUGAGAAUACUAAUCACACCAUUGUGGAUGGCCUGAAGAAGAAAAUAAUGGAGUGUAAAAGCGCCUGGGUGGAAGAAUUGCCCUAUAUCCUAUGGACCUAUAGGACUACUCCAAGGAAGGCUACAGGUGAAACUCCGUUCACGCUCACUUAUGGGUUUGAGGCGAGGGCUCCGGCUGAGACCUCGUUGUCAAGUUAUAGAGUUCAAACAUUUGACGCCCAGGAAAACGAAGAAAACCUAAGGGCGGAGUUACACCUCAUUGAUGAGCGGAGAGAAAGGGCGUAUAUACGGGCAGAGAACUACCGUCGGCAAGUUAAGUCGUACCAUGACCAAAGGGUGCGACCAAGACAGUUCGGAAUAGGCGACUGGGUCCUAAGAGAAAGGGAGGUCAGUCGUCCGAUCGACGGAGGGAAGUUUGCCAAGAGUUUCGAAUGGCCAUACAUCAUAAAGGAAAUGUUGGCCGAUGGAACAUUUAGACUACAAACACCAGCGGGAGGCGACGUCCCGCGGGUAUGGAAUGCUGCCAAUCUCAUUAAAUUUUAUCAGUAGAUUGUACUCCUACUGUGUUUAUCCUUUGAGUUUAAUAAAGUCAGCACUUUGGGCACUUCUCUUCUUGAACUUCACCAAAAAAAUGAGCGACCAAAGAGAUCGCUAAUUAGUUAGCUACAUGGUGAUUCGCACUAAGACACCCAUCAGGGGAUGAAGUGCCGAACCCUGUUAGCGACCAAGUCCAAGGGCUAUCAGAGAGUGUUUGAUCUACAGUCGCUAGGACGACUAUGGGACAACACAACUAACGGAAGGGAGACGCCGUGGCGAGAAAGCCUAAGAAACGGCUAAGUCCAGA